AUGACGACCUUUCUGCCUCCCGUGUGCGACCAUAAAAAAUGCCAGGUCGUCCUUGCAGGCUCAAAUGAGAUAGAAUGGUUGCCUGGGUCGUUCCUAGGUGUACGAAAAUCAGAAAAUAAAAUGUACGGGUGCGUUGAAAAUGACGCUGACGGAAACACGACGAACUACUUCCUUUCCGAAACAGCAUCAGAGGAUGGAACUGUUCUGAAUGUUCAGAUUAAAGGCCCGAGUGUGGCUUACGCACCACAGACACCACAGGCACCACAAACACCACAGACACCAGAGGCACCACAAACACCACAGAUACCAGAGGCACCACAAACACCAAAGAUACCACAGACACCAGAGGCACAACAGGCACCACAGGCACCGGAAGCACCACAGGUACCACAGACACCACAGGCACCACAAACACCACAGACACUGGAGGCACCACAAACACCACAGAUACCAGAGGCACCACAGGCACCAAAGAUACAACAGACACCAGAGGCACCACAGACACCACAGGUACCAGAGGCACCACAGGUACCACAGACAUCACAGGCACCACAAACACCACAGACACCAGAGGCACCACAAACACCACAGAUACCAGAGGCACCACAGGCACCAAAGAUACCACAGACACCAGAGGCACCACGGGCACCAAAGAUACCACAAGUGGCACAUCAGUUGGAGGUCGUCAACUCUGGAGAUGAACCAUGUUUCCUGAGGAACCGAGGUCCUGUGUAUCUCUACAAAUGGUAG